AGCUUAGUGGUUGAGUUUAUUGUUUCUUCAAAUAUAAAAACCCUAAUUUCUUAUUCUCCCACUCUUUCAUUGCCUUCCCCCAAUUUCCCCAUCCAAUUUUCCUAACGCAGCAAAAGCUUCAUCUAUGGCCAGCACCGAUUCUGAGCGCCGAGACGACGAGGAGGCUCCUGCCGGAGAGGAUGAAGACACUGGAGCUCAAGUCGCCCCCAUCGUCAAGUUGGAGGCGGUUGAUGUUACCACCGGUGAAGAAGAUGAGGACACUGUUCUCGAUCUGAAGGCAAAACUGUAUCGGUUCGAUAAAGAUGGAAACCAAUGGAAGGAGAGAGGUGCUGGUACUGUUAAGUUCUUGAAACAUAAGCAGACUGGAAAGGUUCGCCUUGUUAUGAGACAGUCUAAGACGCUUAAGAUCUGCGCUAAUCAUCUUGUUCUUCCAUCAAUGACGGUUCAGGAACACGCUGGAAAUGAUAAAUCCUGCGUUUGGCAUGCCACUGACUUCGCUGAUGGCGAAUUGAAAGAUGAGCUUUUCUGUAUCAGAUUCCCAUCAAUUGAGAACUGCAAAUCUUUCAUGGAAACGUUCCAAGAAAUUGCCGAGAGCCAACAGAAGAAAGGGGAGAACAAAGAUGCAUCUGCAGCAGCGGGAUUACUUGAGACACUGAGUGUUGAAGAAAAAAAAACUGAAGAUAAAGCUGAGGAGGAACCUGCCAAAGUUAAGAAAGAGGAUGAGCCCAAGGGUGAGCCAGAAAAAUCAGAAGCAGAGAAAAAGAAUGAUGAGUAGCCAGCUGAUGAUGAUAUUAUCAGAGAUUUUCGUUAUGAAGUUGACCUCUCUUCCAUCCAUUUCUUGUGGUACAUCUAAACAUACUCAGUUCUUGGAUUGAAUUUCUGCUGGGGUGGGAGAGUGUGAGAGUCAUCCAAACUGUACUUUGAUUGGAGUUCCUUUCCUUUCCUUUUUUUUCCUUUCUUCCUUUAAAAAAAAACGAGAUUUCUAGUCAUGGUCGUCGUCAAAUGGGGUGGGUUGUGUGCCGGGAUGUCUUGCGGUUUGUGAAUCUCGAAAGAGUUAUUGAACUGUGUGGGCGCCAAUGCUUAAGCUGAAGAUGCUGCAAGAGGUUAGUGAUUUGCGGAAGACAUCAUACCACACACACUUAUUUUUUGGGUUGGUUUGGUUUGGUUUGGUUUGGUCUGGUCUGGUUUGCUGCUCAGUGCCGGAGAUUUUUUUUCUUACCUUCCGGAUGAUGAAAAAAAUAUGAUGGGUCUUGUGGUAUUUUAUUGAAGUCUUAGCUCUUUUUAUUUUAUUGUUCAAUGUUGUAUUGUUCUGAAAGCAAUUAUCUUUUAUUCAAUUUGAAACUGUGAUCUUAGAAA